UUUCCGGAAGUUCCUCUCAAAAUGCUGAAGUGCUGUAUGGAAGUGGCCGGGGCUGCGGGAGUUGGAGUUGGUCCUCGGGCCUGAGCCUCGAGGCCGCGCUCCUGGGUGUCGUUGAUGUUCGGGGCCGCCGGACGCCCAGCGAUCGGAGCCGCCGCCGCCGGGAAGAGCUGGCAUUUCAGUCGAACAAUGGAAGAGCUUGUUCAUGAUCUUGUCUCUGCACUGGAAGAGAGCUCUGAGCAAGCUCGAGGUGGCUUUGCUGAGACGGGAGAUCACUCUCGCAAUCUGUCUUGCCCUCUGAAACGCCAGGCCAGAAAGAGGAGAGGGAGGAAGCGGAGGUCCUAUAAUGUCCACCACCCUUGGGAGACUGGCCACUGCUUAAGCGAAGGCUCUGAUUCUAGUUUAGAAGAAGCAAGUAAGGACUACAGAGAGAACCACAGCAAUAACAAGAAGGAUCAUAGUGACUCCGAUGACCAAAUGUUAGUGGCGAAGCGUAGGCCAUCUUCAAACUUAAAUAAUGGUGUUCGAGGGAAGAGACUCCUAUGGCAUGAGUCUGAUUUUGCUGUGGACAACCUUGGGAACAGAACUCUCCGCCGGAGGAGGAAGGUAAAGCGCAUGGCAGUGGAUCUCCCACAGGACAUCUCCAAUAAAAGGACAAUGACCCAGCUGCCUGAAGGCUGUAGAGAUCAGGAAAUGGACAACGAUAGAGCUUACCAGUAUCCAGAGUUUACCCGGAAUAAAGUUAAGAAAAGGAAGUUGAAAGUGGUUAGACAAGGACCAAAAGCCCAAGAGGAAGGAGUGGUUUUGGAGAAUGAAGAAAUGAGCCAGACCAGUAAGGACAGAAUGGAGUAUGAAGAACAGAAAGUCUCCGAUGAGCUCAUGAGUGAAAGUGACUCCAGCAGUCUCAGCAGCACUGACGCAGGCUUGUUCACCAAUGACGAGGGAAGACAAGGUGAUGAUGAGCAGAGUGACUGGUUCUAUGAAAAGGAGUCAGGUGGAGCCUGCGGCAUUGCUGGAGUUGUGCCCUGGUGGGAAGAGGAGGAUCCCUCAGAGCUAGACAGAAACUUACCUGACCCCGUGUUUGAAAGGAUCCUAAGUGGGUCUUUCCCCCUCAUGUCACAUCCUGGCAGAAGAGGUUUUCAAGCUAGACUCAGUUGCCUUCAUGGAAUGCCUUCCAAGAAUAUGAAAAAAUCUGGAGGGACUCCACCUUCAAUGAUGUCUGCUCCAGGCCCCGUCAGUAACAAGAGGAUGGUUCACUUUUCCCCGGAUGCCCAUCACCAUGACCACUGGUUUAGCCCUGGGGCUAGGACAGAGCAUGGCCAGCAUCAGCUCCUGAGAGAUAACCGAGCGGAGAGGGGACACAAGAAAAACUGCUCCGUGAAAACAGCCAGCAGGCAAACAAGCAUGCAUUUAGGAUCCUUGUGCACAGGAGACAUCAAAAGGAGAAGAAAAGCUGCCCCUUUGCCAGGACCUACUACAGCAGGAAUUGUGGGUGAAAACGCCCAGCCGAUCCUAGAGAGCAACAUCGGGAACCGCAUGCUUCAGAGUAUGGGCUGGACACCUGGCUCAGGCCUCGGGCGAGAUGGCAGAGGGAUCUCUGAGCCAGUUCAAGCUGUGCAGAGGCCUAAAGGGUUAGGACUUGGAUUUCCUCUACCAAAAAGCACUCCCACUGGCUCCGCUCCCACGUCAGGAAAGCCCACCUGAGCAGAAGAGAAAGGAAGAGAACUUCAGUUUUUGUUCCGCCCUAUUGUUCUGAAGUGAUUUCAGAGCUUUCUGGUGUGAAGCUGACCACUGCGUUGCCUCCAGCUAGCUUCCAGGCUGCGUAGUGUCCUGCCUCAGUGGUAGAAAUGGGAUUCCAUCACAGUUCAUGGUGCUGAAGUACUGACCUCAACCCUUUAUGUUUCCUCAUGAUUUCCAGCAGUUUCUAGAUGGGAAGAACAGUUGGUCUCUUAUUUAUUUGUUCCCUGACAUCAGUUCUUGCUGCUGCCUUGCUCACACCAUGCAUGCGUGUGAUGCCCAAACUAGGCCGAAAGGAUCAAGUUUCUCAUGAUGCCUACACUAGGUAGUUCUGUCUGCCUCCAUCCCCACCACCCCUAUCCAGGGAGUCCUAAGCACAUCUGGGAAAGGCUUGGUAAGCUCACAUUCCUUGACUUUGGCUCUCAUAAGGAUUCGUGGCAAUGAUGCCCAUUAAUUCUUUGAAUAAUGUAGCAUGAAUUCACAGUGGGCAAACAGUAAUCAGUAUUUCCCUCACACAUUUGGUGAAAGUUAAGCCUGUUGUCCUCAUCACCAGAGUGCCCUCAGCAUUACUCCAGUGCAGUUGAUAAAUCUUACCUCAUUUAGAACAAAAAAUAAUCACUAAAAGAAAAAUGUGUUUUUUAAGUUCAUGCUGACUGAACUUUAAACCCUGACCUUUAGAUGUCUACCUCUUCCCAAAGGCUGGUAUUUUUUAAGGAUCAGCUCUGAGAUGAAGAGAGGGAGAGGUGAUUGAAGGUUUUAGUCACUGAAGUAAAUUAUUAGACUCUUGAGUCAGUACUUGAAGAUUUAAGUAGCUUUUCCAAUAGCCAAGAUGUCUGGCAGUGGCCUAACCUGCUCCCUGAGGAACAGGAGAAACUUAGGGGACCUGUCAUUUUCAGAUUAAAACACUUUACAAUUAAGCAAGACAGCAUGUUCCUUCCAUCCCAUUACUGAGGUAUUUCUGAGUCAUUCUUUGUUCAGAAAAUACUCAUCUGUUAUGCUUGUCAUUAAAAACCCUGGUAAUUAUUGUUGCUUACCAUUGUCUCUACUGGUUCAGUAAAGGUUGAGAUAACCCACACAAGUCUACACUUGACCAAAAGCAGUGUGGGCUUCAAUUUUUUAACUUGAAAAUAGUUUUUUUUUUUUACUAUUUUUUAAGGCAGUAGAAAGGUUUCAGAAGGUACCAGACUUUUCCUACGUGGUCCCCUAACGAAAAUGCAGCCUCUGUAGUUUGGUAAGCAUCUGCAUUUCUUCUAGGAAUUGACUUUCCUGGGAGUGGUGUGGUGAGAAGUGGGCUGCCUAGGACAGGACAGGUAGACACAUGGGUGAGCUCUCUUGGAACCCUUGUGUUGGGUGAAACACUGCUACUUGUACAUGUUUGUCGCCAUUUUUAACAGUUGUCUUCCUAAAUGCUUAUUGUAUUCAUGUGGGCAGGAAGAUGGAAGAGAUUAUACUAGUAUACUAUACUCAAGGGUCUAUUCCAAAGUUGUUUGCUUUUCAUUGUUUGAAUUUCAUUUCUUGAAGGUCUUUUAAAGCCCUCGGAUUUUUAACAGCUCAGUUUUGAGCCAGUGAGAAACAAGCCAUUGCAUGCUUGGUUCUAAGCUUCAGAGGAAGUGGCUGCUGUUUUCACUGUAUCUUGUUCUAGAGGCUGUAUGGAGCAGCCCACACCAAGCCAGUGGGGCCUCCAGCGGUCACUGGUCUUUCUGAGUGCCUUCCAUCGCUGACCUCCAGACGGUGGGAGCAUUGGGAAGGUGCUCCCGAAGCUGCUCUGACACCAAAGUUCUACUUUUCACACUAGAGACUCCGUGACUCACAGGUGGCUGAGAACAGUUUCUAUUUUACUAGUGUUUAUCCCUCACAUUAGCAGAGACAGCCCCGUGCUCCCCAGUCUGCCCACAGUGCCCUUCAGCAUUCAGGUUCUUAUAAAGGUCAGCAAACUUCAGGGUGCUCUGCUACACCCAACCACCGCUGAGGAGUGAACAACUGAAAUAGGAAACUUUAGUGCAAGUCAAAUGUCUGCUCAGGACGUGAAUCCCACUGGUUUAUGUUUAAUAGAGAGUAAUACAUUUUUGUCAGUUCAAAUUGCCUCAUGCACCAACAUCAUCAAAGGAGUUUGUGAUUUUAAGUGUAUUAUUUAUAGUUCCUUUCAAAAGUGUUGAGAGUUUCUCUGCUUCCUCACGAAGCAUGCUGCUGUCUGAAAGGUAACCAGUUGGGGUCUCUUCCCUUCCCAUCCACUCAGUACAGGAGUCAAAGAAUCCGAGCAUGACUGCAUGAGCAGUGUGACUCCACACUGUGUGUAUUUGAUGUUAGGCAGACGUGGAUUGUGGUCAUUUCCUCCCUUUUCCUUCCCGAAGUAAAAUGUCUUAAGGGUAUAUUCCCCUUAAAUCCACUUCCCUUUUUUUCUUAACUGAUGUAGUGACAUUAAAAGUGGCCAGCUAUGCUAGUACCCACCUAUAUUCCCCAAAAUCGGGAGAUUAAGGUAGGAGAAUUGCCAUGAGUCCAAGACCAAUCUAAUCUAUAUAGUGAGUUCCAGGACAGAUAUGGCUACAUAGUGAGACCUUGUCUCAAAAAUAAAUAUCAAUGGAAAUCCAUUGCUAAGUGCAGCUUGUCCAUAAACUGGGCUCCAUGUUUGAACACAAUGGCUUGGGACUCCUGACUGUUGUGAUUAAGCAGACAGAAGUUAAGACGGCAGGGUUAAAUAUGCAUCUGUACAUAUGUGUACAUACAGGUGCGUUUGCAGCCCACAUUCGUAUGCAGUAUACAGACGUGAUUGACAAAAACUGCCCUUCAUUCAUGUUUAGUGUUUCAAAUUGGUAUUCAGUGCAUUUCAUUUUGAGCAGAUGUUUCAUAAUAGAGAAGUUGUUGGAAUACUUUUAAAACCAUUUUAACUUGUAUUUUGUUUUUCAGAAAGAGAAAUGGUCUACAUUGGUACUGUAAAAUGAAGUUGUUAGCAAGGAAUACUUUGAUUUUUUUGUAGAAAACUAUUAUUAGUUCAACAAAGAACUGAAAUAAUAAAGCACAGUGUUGAGAACAUUA